UUGAUGACAGCUCUGCACACUUUUGGUGUUCUCUUAACCAGUUUCAUGAGGAAGCCACCUAUGAUGCUUUUCCAUCAGUAUUAAACACAUUCUCACACAUACAGAGCACUUGUAGGGUGAGGGACUAAAGCACUGAAAGAAAACUAUUUGGUGAUGGUGCAUCUAUAAUUCUGCAUAUUUGUGUGUUUUGAAAAUCAUAUAGGCUAACACCUUUCCCAAAUUAUAUUUGUUUUAGAAACAACCUUAUGCAUAAUCCGUUAGAUUAAAAUGCCUUAUUACUAUUAAAACAUACAUUCUGUCAGGUGUGUCCAAACCUUUGACUGGUACUGUACAUACACCCAGAUUUGAUUGACCCAACUUUGCACAAUGCUGUAGGCCACUAAGGAGGUGAUUGAGCGGGAAGCUCCAGGGAUGGCUCUGGCCAUGCUCAUGGGCUCCCUAAAUGUCACACCACUUGGCAUGCUGUCCAGACCUGUGUGUGGAAUCAGAGGCAAAACUCUCAUCAUUAAUCUACCUGGGAGCAAAAAAGGCUCACAGGAGUGCUUCCAGUUCAUCCUGCCUGCACUUCCCCAUGCCAUCGACCUGCUGAGGGACGCCGUGGUCAAAGUGAAGGAGGUGCAUGACGCGCUGGAGGACCUGCCCUCGCCACCACCGCCGCUGUCUCCUGCGGUCACCAGCCCGCACAAGCAGACCGAGGACAAGGGCGUCCAGUGCGAAGACGAAGAGGACGAGAAGAAGGACAGCGGUGUCGCCUCCACCGAGGACAGUGGCUCUUCGCACAUCACGCCGGCCGCCAUCGCUGCCAAGAGUAUGAUGUCCCAUUCCAACCAUGCUGUCAUGGCCAAAGGGGGGCAGCCGUUGACUGGCUUCGUCUCACCCACCACCACCACCCUCCCCUCUCAUUUCACCUGCCCCUGCAGCGACAAGAUCCCAGAUUCCAUCAUUUCACGGGGUGUUCAGGUGUUGCCACGGGAUACAGCAUCUCUCAGCACCACGCCCUCUGAGUCUCCACGUGCUCAACAGUCCCGCCUCUCCACUGCCUCCUGCCCUACCCCCAAAGCGCGGCUCACUUCCUGUUCAUCCACCUGUAGUGUCACAGAGGCGUCACGGAGAGAGUUCAGGGCGCACUUGGAUGAGGUCAUCACGCUCAAGUCAAGGUACUCUACCUUGGACCAGGUACAGUCACGAUGCGGCAGCAAAGAGAAUAUCCUGAGAGCCAGUCACAGUGCGGUGGACAUCACUAAGGUGGCGCGGAGACACCGCAUGUCCCCGUUUCCCCUUACCUCCAUGGACAAGGCCUUCAUCACUGUGCUGGAGAUGACUCCUGUUCUGGGCACUGAGAUCAUCAACUACAGAGAUGGAAUGGGUCGAGUACUAGCUCAGGACGUCUAUGCCAAAGACAACCUGCCCCCUUUUCCAGCCUCAGUUAAAGAUGGCUAUGCUGUACGAGCUGCUGACGGCCCAGGAGAUCGCUUCAUCAUUGGGGAGUCCCAGGCUGGGGAGCAGCCCACUCACACAGUGAUGCCAGGCCAGGUGAUGCGGGUGACGACAGGAGCUCCUAUUCCAUGUGGGGCAGACGCUGUAGUGCAAGUAGAAGACACAGAACUGCUGCGGGAGUCUGAAGACGGAACAGAAGAGUUGGAGGUGCGGAUUUUGGUGCAGGCUCGGCCUGGCCAGGACAUCAGGCCAAUAGGUCAUGACAUAAAGCGUGGUGAGUGUGUGCUGGCGAAGGGAACACACAUGGGCCCAUCUGAGAUCGGCCUGCUGGCCACUGUGGGCGUCACAGAGGUGGAGGUGCACAAGUUCCCUGUCGUAGCAGUCAUGUCCACUGGUAAUGAAUUGUUGAACCCUGAAGAUGACCUCCAUCCAGGAAAGAUCAGAGACAGUAACCGAUCUACGCUGUUGGCCACCAUCCAGGAGCAUGGCUACCCCACCAUUAACCUAGGCAUCGUCGGAGACAACCCAGAUGACCUGCUGAAUGCCCUGAAUGAGGGCAUUAGUCGUGCAGAUGUCAUCAUCACGUCGGGAGGAGUGUCCAUGGGAGAGAAGGACUACUUAAAACAGGUUCUGGAUAUUGACCUCCAUGCCCAGAUCCACUUUGGCCGAGUGUUCAUGAAGCCAGGUCUUCCCACCACAUUUGCCACUUUAGACAUUGAUGGCAGUCGGAAGCUCAUCUUUGCUCUGCCAGGUAAUUUCACCUACAGAGACACAGGGGCAACUCUCCUCGAGGCCGUGCCCAUGAGCGACAGCGAGGCCAGCAGGCUGCCUCUGCCUCCUCCCCCACGCCGAAGCAAUCCGGUGUCGGCUGUUGUUACCUGUAACCUCUUUGUUAUCCCUGCCCUACGGAAGAUGCAGGGCAUCCUUGACCCACGACCCACCAUCAUCAAAGCCAGGCUCUCCUGCGACGUUAAGUUGGACCCGCGUCCAGAGUACCACCGCUGUAUAUUGACGUGGCACCACCAGGAACCCCUUCCCUGGGCACAGAGCACAGGAAACCAAAUGAGUAGUCGGCUAAUGAGCAUGCGCAGUGCCAACGGCCUUCUGAUGUUGCCUCCUAAAACAGAGCAAUACGUGGAACUGCACAAGGGCGAGGUGGUGGAUGUCAUGGUCAUAGGACGGCUAUGAUGUCAUCUUAAGGGCACAGACCAGGAAAGAGAGAAAAGUGGUGCAUGUCCACAUAUCAUUUACUAUACUGUAAUAUGCAACGGCACAGCUAGUUUUUAUUGAUUUGGAUAAAGUUGAUCAAGUAUAAUCAACAUUUCAAACAAAUACAAACAUAUGAAAAAUUUAUGGAAAUAAGACUUCAAAGAUAGUAUUUCAAAGAAAG